AUGGCAGCGGCUAUCGCCAGCUCGUUGAUCCGGCAGAAGCGGCAGGCGAGGGAGUCCAACAGCGACCGGGUGUCCGCCUCCAAGCGCCGCUCCAGCCCCAGCAAGGACGGGCGCUCCCUGUGCGAGAGGCACGUCCUGGGGGUCUUCAGCAAAGUGCGCUUCUGCAGCGGCAGGAAAAGGCCGGUGAGGAGGAGACCGGAACCCCAGCUGAAAGGAAUUGUGACAAGGUUAUUCAGCCAGCAGGAAUACUUCCUGCAGAUGCACCCAGAUGGUACAAUUGAUGGGACCAAGGACGAAAACAGCGACUACACCCUUUUCAAUCUAAUUCCUGUGGGUCUUCGUGUGGUGGCAAUCCAAGGGGUGAAGGCAGGUCUGUACGUUGCCAUGAACGCUGAGGGAUAUCUCUACAGCUCAGAUGUUUUCACACCAGAGUGCAAAUUUAAAGAAUCUGUCUUUGAAAACUACUACGUUAUUUAUUCUUCCACGCUGUACCGGCAGCAAGAAUCCGGACGAGCGUGGUUCCUGGGACUCAAUAAAGAAGGUCAAAUUAUGAAGGGAAACCGGGUGAAAAAAACCAAACCCUCAUCACAUUUUGUACCCAAACCCAUUGAAGUGUGCAUGUACAGAGAGCCAUCGCUGCAUGAAAUUGGAGAAAAACAAGGACGCUCUAGAAAAAGUUCAGGGACACCAACCAUGAAUGGAGGCAAAGUUGUUAACCAAGACUCGACAUAGCUGACAAACACCCUCCCUACCUCCAGCUCCUCCCCUCCCACCCACCUUCCCACCCCACCUGGCGAAACCACACUGAGACGACGACAGCUGAGCAAGGCAGGACCUACCGGUAGUGGCUAGGAGUCAGAACUCAAGAAGCUUUCUUUGUGUAGGACGAGGAAACCGAACCCCAGAUCUUGCCUGUUGCAACGUUUUAAACAAAACAAAACGAAAACACACACACACACACAAAAAAAGUGAAGAAAAAAUGUUUUAAAUCAGGACUCCAUUAACAUUUUCAAAAGCAAACUGUUUGCUCUGUGAUCAAAGGGGGAAAAAAUCUCAUCUCUGCAUAAUAUUAAUAAUAACAACUA